GCAUAUCCAAAUACAAUUUAUUUUAAACAAAAGACAAAAUAAAUAUACUCUGCAUCACAUCUCCACACACCAUUUUCUCUCGCCAUGGAUUUCGUCACCAUUUCAUUAGCCCUACUGUUUGCGGUGGCCGUAGGCUACGGCCUGAAAAAACUCUCCGGCGGCGGCAAAAACCUACCUCCGGGACCGAACCCACUGCCGCUCAUCGGCAGCCUCCACUUGCUCGGCGACCAACCCCACAAAUCACUCACUCGCCUCUCCAAGAUUUACGGCCCAAUCAUGCACCUCCGCCUCGGCUUCGUACACACGGUGCUGGUUUCCUCCGCCGCCAUGGCGAAGGAGGUUAUGCAAAACCACGACCUCGUAUUUUCCGGCAGGACUGUUCCCGACGCAAUCCGGGCCCACGACCACUCCAGCUACUCCGUCAUCUGGCUUCCGGUGGCGGCGAGGUGGCGCAGCCUCAGAAAAACCAUAAACUCCAACAUUUUCUCCGGCAACAGCCUUGAAGGAAACCGGCAACUCCGGCAUAAGAAGGUGGAGGAGCUCAUCGAAUACUGCAGGACCAACAGUCAGUCCGGCACCGCCGUGGAUGUGGGCGGCGCCGCCUUCAGGACAUCGUUGAAUAUACUUUCGAACACGAUUUUCUCUAGAGAUUUGACCGAUCCUUUCUCCGAUUCCAGCAAGGAAUUCAAGGAGCUGAUAUGGAAUAUGAUGGUGGAGGCCGGAAAACCCAAUCUGGUUGAUUUUUUCCCUCUUCUUCGGAAAUUUGAUCUGCAAGGGAUACGGCGGCGUAUGACUGUUCAUUUUGGGAAGGUAAUCGAUCUUUUCAGUGAUUUGAUCGAUGAGAGGUUGGAAAAGAUGAAAUCCGGCGAAUAUGAUCCCACCGGCGAUGUGAUUGACGUACUUCUCGCCGCCGGCGAGAAAAACCCGGAAGAGAUUGAUCGGAUUCACAUCGAACGCAUGUGUUUGGACUUAUUCGCCGCCGGAACUGAAACAACUUCGAGCACGGUGGAGUGGGCUAUGGCGGAGGCGCUGAAAAACCCAGAGACGAUGAAGAGGGCCAAAGCCGAGCUGGCGGAAGUCAUCGGCGCCGGAAAAAUCGUAGACGAAGCGGACAUACCGCGGCUGCCUUAUCUGAGAUGCAUGCUGAAGGAAACCCUCAGAAUCCACCCGCCGGCGCCGUUCCUGAUUCCUCGCCGGGCGGAGCGAGACGUCGUCGUUUGCGGAUACACGGUGCCGGAGAACUCACAGGUUUUCGUCAACGCCUGGGCGAUCGGGAGAGACCCGGAAAUCUGGGAGGAGCCGUUGGUAUUCAAACCGGAGAGGUUCCUGGAAUCGGAAGUUGACUUCCGGGGAAGGGAUUUCGAGCUGGUUCCGUUCGGCAGCGGGAGGAGGAUUUGCCCUGGAUUGCCGUUGGCCGCCAGGGUGUUGCCGGUGGUGGUGGGGUCUCUUUUGAAUUCGUUCGAUUGGAAAAUUGAAGGUGGGGUUACGGCGGCGGAAUUGAACAUGGAUGAGAAGUUUGGGAUCACGUUGCAGAGGGCCCAUCCCCUCCGAGCAGUGCCCGUUCCUCUGUAAGGCCGCCGGAAUAUUCGAUUUGCAGUUAGAGCGGGCCCACAUUUCCGGCGAACGGUCAUCCCAAUAAGUCAAUGGCUCCAUCUAUCAAGAAUAUAAUUUAAUUGAUAUUGUCUAGUAAUAUAAUCUUUCAUUUUCUAAUUUUACCUGCUCUGUAAUAAUUUAAUUUAGGGGUCACUUUAAUUAUAAUUAUUAUAUUAAAAAGAAGGGAUAAUUAGUGAAAACCCCCAAUACAUUUGAGUAUAUUAUGAUGGAUAUAAUCUCAUUUAGCAUAUUAGUGAAAACCCCCCAAUUUCA